AGCUUGAACAAAAAAGAAAAGAAAAACAAAACCGAAUAAUUUAAAAGAAAAAGACUUUUUUUUAUUGGUCUCUUUGGUAAGUGUGAGAACUGAAAAGUACAUUUAUACUGGAAACACAGAGAUCGAACGAACCGUCUUCACUUUCCCUGUCUGCAUCUUGCACAACUAGCUAGUACAGCUUCUUCUUUCUCAGAAUCUUGUCUGCACAAUUUGAUUCCAUCUUCUCUCAAUCUCACCUCAAGAUGCCAAUCAACAAAGACCCAUCAACACCUCCGCCUGUCAUCGGAAAGAUCGGGCCUUACACUGUCUUCAUGACUCCUCCGGCGACUCCAAAACCACCUGAGUCUCCUGCCGCCGUGUCUCAGAAGGCUAUCCUUCAACCGCCGGUUCUUCCUCCGCCGCAGCAGUUUAAAUCGGUGGCUUCGUCCUCUGAACAAGACAGCUCAGUUUUGGGUUUCCUCAAAAACGCCGCCACAAAGGUUCAAAAUGCACACUCAAGCGUGGAUGAUCACUUGGUGAGAUGGUUUGGGUUAAACCAAUCUAAGUACCAGUGGGCUUUGGACGAGUAUUACCAAGACAAAGGAUCUGUCUCUGAAGAUGUGUUAAUCUCUGGAACCAUCAUUCAAAUUCUCAAUCACGUACAUCCCCAAAAGCACCGCCGCGAAGUACGUCUUUUACGAGAAUCCAAGGAACAUCGUGUGUGGACUUCUCCGGACAGUGGGAAAGAGCUCUGCCGCAAAAAUAGGUUUCAUUGCUUUGCAAUUUUGGAGCAGAGGAGUUUCAACGAGCUUCUUCUUAUCAUGUUUUUUUUGUUGCCAAGGAUGUUUGGCUUCCUGUGAUAUAUGUGAAGAUCUUCUGAAGUAAAACAUGCAUCUUUUGGAACAUGAGUUUUGCCAUUUCAAACUAAAGACAGUCAAUUGUUCAAAUAGCCAUAUAACAAAAAAAUUAAAACCAGCUAAAAACAUUGAGUGUCCGGUUAUGUCGGAGGAUAACCUUGCUAACUUAUGAUUGAUGUUCUCAAAAAGUUUAACCAUUCACCGAUCGUACAUGGACUAUUUUAAAUUAUAUAUUUUUAUAAAAUAAAUUAUUCUUCAAGUGUCCAAAUAGCCGGUAAACAUAGCUAUUUGUUAGUAAAUAACUGUUUAUAUAUAUUGUUGACCGGCUAAACAAACGAAUGUUAUCCGGCUAAACUAACAAAUAUAUUACAUAAAAAGAUUUGAUUUGAAUACGUUAAAAUAUAUUUGUUAGCUGGCUAAACAAACGAAUGUUAGCCGGCUAAACUAACAAAUACCUAAACAUAUUAUAUAUGUUAGCCGACUAAACUAACAAAUAUACUGCGUGAAAAUAUUUGAUUCAAAUACAUAAAAAUACA